AAAACGUUUUACACAUCAACCAUCUCUUUUUAAUUUGCAUGCUCUCAAAUUUUAUCAACAAAAUACGGACGAGAUAAUAAUGAGGUCAGCUGAUACCUCGGCGGCAACCAUUUCUCGGCUCACAUCUUCUCGCUCCGUCUCGCCGCCAUCUUCACCGUCGUCCCCCACCACGCCGCUGCCGGCGGUGGUGGUGAGCCCGUGCGCCGCAUGUAAGGUUUUGCGGCGGAGAUGCGCCGGGAAAUGUGUGCUGGCGCCGUAUUUUCCCCCCAAUGAUCCAAUCAAGUUCACCACCGCUCACCGUGUCUUCGGCGCUAGCAAUAUCAUCAAAUUCUUGCAGGAAUUGCCGGAGAGUGAAAGAAGCGACGCCGUGAGCAGCAUGGUGUACGAGGCGAACGCACGGCUGAGAGAUCCGGUGUACGGCUGCGCCGGAGCAAUUUUCCAACUCCAAAAGCAAGUCAGCGUCCUCCAGGAACAGCUAGCCAAGGCUCAAGCCGAGGUAGUCAACAUGCAAUACCAACAGUCAAACCUCCUCGCCCGCCUUAACUAUCACCACGACCACUCUGUCCGAUCGUCAUCAUCAUCUCCGCCACCACUUCCCUCGCCGCCAAAACAGUACUUUUCCGGUUCUUUUGACGGCAGGAAUAAUGACAUCUACGAUCACAAUUGCGAGUACUUCUCUAACGACAGCGGAGACGACAACAUGGGUUCCUUCUGGGACGAACUUCACACUCUCGACAUGAGCGUGUGAUGUGCACGCCUCAGCUCAACAACGUACUAUACACUAGUCAUAUACGAGAAGUCGAUAAUAAAAAUUAAAGUAUUACCUCCGUCUCAUUGAUUUUUGUCAAGUUUGUAUUAGACGUGUGAUAAAAAUGUGAAAAUUAUGUGAUUAAAAGUUAGGUAAAAAAAACAAAAAAUGAGUAAAAUCAAAUGCUAUGUACGAUAGUACGGAGUAUUAUUUAUUAUAAAGAGAAGGUGAGAAAAUUUUAGAGAACAAGAGAAAUUUUAGAGAAAUUGACAAAAUCCAAUUUGGCGGAGUCAUGGAAGUGAAACAAUUUUAACUAUUUAUGCGAAUUUAACUGACAAAAUUUUCUUGCACCCAAACAUGGAUGUGUAAUAGUAUGUAUGUAUCUAUGAGGGUUUUGGUUUCUUCAUUUCCUUUUUGCCUUUCUUUUGCAAUUCAAACAGAUGACAAGCUAGCUUUAGCAAUCUAGUUUUUUUCCCUAUCAAAACUCUAAAUUGUGAUAUUGUAAAGGGGUAACUUGAGUUUGCAUAUCAUUUUAUUGUCCAAAGUAGACUUUGCGCAUCGUAUUUAAAAAUAUUUGUUUUUGCAUC